AUUCAUACUUGUUUGUAUUGCUAUCAAUUUCGAUAAUAUUUUUACUUCAUCCUAGGAAUGUGAUCGCAGCCUUAGCUGAAGGCAACAGGACCUACGUUCCCUAUCGGAAUUCGCUUCUGACUCGACUGUUACAAGACAGCCUCGGCGGGAAUUGUAAAACAACAUUCUUGCUUUGUGUUUCGCAAGGACUUCAUUAUUUCAACGAGACGAAGAGUACCCUUGAUUUUGGUCAAAGAGCCUUGAAAGUUAAGACCAUGCCAAGAGUCAAUGUUGAGGUUGAUUAUAAAAUGCUUGCUGACGAUUUGAAGGUGAAGCUGCACGAACAAGAAAAAUCGUAUUCUUUGUUGAAAGCUGAGUUUGAAAGGCUGGCGUCGAAGGAAAAUUGCAACAUGAAAACAGAAGCAGGAGAUCUGGUCGAAGUGCCGUCUUCAUUGGAUGAAAAUGAUGGUACGAGCUUCCACUGCCAGUCCAUGGAAAAUUGCAAAGAAAAAGCGAAAUCGAUUUUAAUGGCGCAGCUAAUGUCUUUGCAGCUCGUAUAUAGCAUUAAAGACAUUGCCGAUAUGGAUCCGGCAACUUUUCCUGUUGAGCCUGACCCGGAUCAUAACAGAAAUACUACCGGCUUAGGCCGUUUAAAGAGCUCUGAACAGUCCUUGUUAUCAGAAACAGAGAGGAGCGGUGGCCUCACCUCAACAUUCGCCCGCACCUCGUCUUCAUCUCCAUCUGGAUACGAGACUGCAUCACCUCGUAGUAGCCAGGAUGAUGUCCGUGGCAACCAGGAUGACGACACUGCUACGUCUGCGAAAGAAAACUGGCCGCAAUCAUCAAAGGAACCUUGUUCUUUGUCGAACACGUGUAGUCCUCUUCUAAAUAAACUAAGAGCACCAUAUUCUCCAAGACGUAGCUGUAUCCUGGAGAAUCUUUUCGAAACGCAACUCUUUGGUGUCAAUUUGGAGAGUGUUUUACAAUUAUCCGCCUUUACUAAAACUGUCAAUGAACUGAAAAAGGAAUUCAAACAGCUAAAAAGCUCGAUCGAUAAAGAUCUUGGCCAGUUUUGUACCGACGUCUUUCAUAUUUCCGAGCCACUGAAUACUUCAGGUCAUGAGGUUGAUUGUAGAAAUAUCUGUGCCGUGCUGAUGCAGAAGCUCAACGAUCCGACGACAGCCGAUGCAGUUUCACCUGAUGUCCUUGAUCAACUUUCAAACUUGAUAAUGGUUGAACAAACCCUCACAGGAUGUCUUUUCGCAUUAAAGGGACGCAGUGAUACCACUAGACAUUCGAUGUUACGUCAAAGUCAAAAUCUGCACGAGUCUAGUGUGGCAAAGUGCUCAGCAUCUGAUAUCGCUGUAUCACAGGAGAAUAGCUCAGUGACGUCACCACCCGAACAGCCGAUAGAGAUUGCGAAGAAAUCGAAGAAGAAAUCUCGUUUACAGCGAUUCAUGUGCUUGCCUUUAAGAAAAUCUCCUCAUGUCAAAUAAGGCUUUUAAAUAACUUUGUAUAAACGAUUGUGACUGUGACAUAGGCACACUUCAGGGUAGGAGAUGAGAAGUUCUCUUUAUUCAUGGCCAUUAUCGACUUUUUAUCAAUUCUGAGAUUAAAUUUGAAGGGGGCAGUGAAUUGGAGUGUGUUUUAUGUCAUGAAAAGGGUGUAGUCCCCACAAUUUGCACCAUUUGUCCAACUUUUCGCCCUCUUUGAAUUUUAAUGUAGUUUUAUGAACGUUUCAGAAAAUAAUUAAUCAGUGCUUGUAUAUAAUUUAUAGUUUAUUAGUAUGAAUUUAUCGUAACCUUACAAGAAGUUGUGUAAAGCGAUGACUUGUUUUAAUAAGAGUAAAUAUUGUCUGGAAAUGCAUUAGAGGGUAUUUGUUUUAAAUGGUAUCUGCUUAAAUUUGUACUCAUUUGAAGAAGAGAAAAGACUUGGGUCGAAGACCCUUCGCUUAUUUAUGAAAGGAUGGUGUAUGUAAGAUAUUUCGGAUUUUUUGUUGGUGAUGUACAUUACCAUUUGCCUGUGAAGGCCAGGACAUUUCAAGCACCUGAUCUAUUUGUCAAAGCUUCUCCAUAAUAUUAAAAGUUAUUGGGAUAAUCGAAAACAGAAAUUUUAUAAACCAAAACGAUUGUCUUUGAGUUAUAUAAAAACGUGUUUGAAUAAAUGUCAGUCGUUUUUUCCUUUAGCAAUGAUAACUUUUUAUUAACCCCUAAAUUGUUGAAUUUUUUCGGCCCUUUUGUAUACCUGAUAUGCGAGCAUAACACAACACCACUUUUUCUUAUCUUUUCUUACAUUUACUUUAAAUGUUUCGCUUAUUUAACUUGACUGAUAACCUUAUUGCGUAUUUUAACGAUUCUUUUAGUAGGAAGUUUAGUCAAUCAGUAUUUGAAAUAGUUUUAAUUUUGGUAUGAGUUAGGCAUCAAAUGUUGCGUGUAGAUCUUUAGAAAGACUGAUAAAUUUUCGGGGAGAAGAAUUGCUGUGGAUUGAUAUAUGCAUGAGUUUUAAUUUUAGUUUCUCACAUGUCAAAGUUGAAUAUUGAUUCAUUAAUGAAUUUUUAAUAAUUAUGAUUGUCCUGAAUAGAUAUUUGAUUAUCUAGUUGUAUGUAAUUACGAAAAGCUCUUUGAAAAAGCUAGAUUAUAUUGUCCAGUAUUGAAUUGAUAAUUGAAGUCUAAUAAACAUUGUUUGUUUAUAUUCUAAUUUUCCAUAAGAAACAAACUGAGUUCAUUUAGAAGUGUUGUGUUUAGGGUUUCAGGAAAAAUGGGGUCGGAGGCAAAGUUUAUUUUCUGCUCACAAACUUAAUGGGUGAUAAUAAAAACUGGGAUGGUAAAUUUACCCCAGAAAUGAUAGAGCUCAGUAUUCUUGUCGAAUGUUUUCUUAUUCUCCUUUUUUUCUUGGGAACAUUUGGUUCUUCAUAUAGCUCCAAGCUUGUAUUUCAAGCACGUUAACUUCCACCAGUCCUAGACUCAAAGGGACAAUACACUCUUUCAAAUAGCGAAAUAGUAACUGUAAAAGAAUCAGUAAAUCGGUAAAAGACUAUUCUUUCAACAGUCUUGAAAACGAUUAUACAUAAGAUUAAAACCCCUCUAAAACGUCACUAUAUUUAAUGGCACAUAUUGCAAGCUUUGCAUGGAUAUACCUAUUCUAGCUUUUCAAAGCAAACGAAGUAUAGUAAACCCAUUGAAUGAAAGAAAUGGGAACCACAGAAAAGUCUAUAAUUUAUAUGUAGUAAUCUACCCACUGUUUAGGAAUGAUUUAUAUGUUGGAUAGAAGCGGGAAGAGGGCUUAGUUUUUGAGGCUUUGCCCCUGCUUUUAAAAAUUUGCGUAGAGUUCUAGUCUUAAAGGGAGGAGAAAGGCCUAGUCUUAAAGAGGAUGAUACCAGCAAUUAAAGAGAUUAGUCUAAAAAAUAAUGUUUAGAAGAAUCUUUGCUUUUUCCAGCCGAAACUACCCGUAACCCGAUGUUAAAUGCAGUAGAGUAAACUCUCAAAAUCUCAGAUUAUAAGAAAAUAGGUCUUUAGAAUAUAUUUUGAUACUUAAGCCGCACCUAAAUAUACAAGCUACAAUUGCUUUAAAACGCAAUUCUGUUCCCAUAUGAAGAUCAAGGCAGUUCAGGGCGCUUUUCAAAUUUUGGACACAGCUGCUUUCCAACGGGAUUAUUCCAUUGACACCUACCACCUUUUACCAUGCAAACCGAGUGGCGCGAAUUACAAUCCAUCUUCUUGGCAGCAGCCUCUAUAUCGUAAAUAUGCCAAUUACAGUGCCUCGGAUUGAACUGACAAUUGUUGUUAUAGCAAUUCUUCACCUGACAUCUGCAAUAAAUCCAGUAAAACCUUGUUAAUCCCAAAGCCUGUGUUACCGUACUUAUAGCCCAGGCCUGAUACCAACUGCAGUGGUUCAUGUACGGUUUUCUGUUUAUGACGAAUCCAGCUAGUAGAUAUUCACGACCAGGCCAAAGUGGGAUUGAAUAUGGAGACGAAAAUGUAAUCUCAAAUUCGCUGCCGACUGUAUUGUUGAUGUACCUGUAGCCCUUGAACAUCUUCCUGAGGCGAACACGAAUGAUCUUGUUUGUCGGAAUAUAAGCUUGAUUUGAUGAUGCACUGCUUGCAGCUGAGAGGUAGUAGGCAUUCAUCAUGGUAACAUCAUUUAUGCACUUUUCCAUGGAAAUGCUCAAUACGAUUCCCUUAACAACUGAAACGGGGGGAUGUGCAAUUAGCAGUGCUUGUCUAUAAAAGGUAUCAAUAUGAUAGAGCCUUACUGGCUUUCAAGGAUAUGAUGGGUAAUUGCUUAUGUUGACAGAACAAGUUGCAGGAUCCAGACUGGAAACUUUGUUUCUUGCGCGGGCAAGUUCACGCACCUGACUGCGCGACUGCACGCCUGAAAUCACCCACUUUUAAGAAAUUUGUAUUGUUAUUAAUGUGGAAUGUAUUCAAAUAGGGACUUUGCGCGGCCAAAAUGCAAAAGUGCGCGGAUGGAAAAUUUGAGUGCGCGGGCAAUAUAUCGCGGGCGCGCGACAAAGUUUCCAGUCUGGUGCAGGAUUUACUUGGGGGUAAGAUCUAAACGUGUAUGGGAAAUAAGUAUUGUCUAUAUACUAUUUUAAAGUAUUCUAGUGGAAGGUCAGUUUCAUGGACGAGGGGGUGUCAAAAUAUCCUUUAUUUCCGGCUGUCAAUGAUCGAAAUAACUCUAAGGGAUGUACUUGGGAAUAUUUUGGAGAGGGAUCCUUGAGAUGCUCUUUGGGUGAAAAUUUGUACAAAAUACUUUUUGAUAGACUGCUUGUGCGCAUGAAGUGCUUGAAAGCAAGAAAUUCUGGCUCACAUGCAUAGCUUAAAAGAGUAAGACGUACAAAAUAGCAUGAUAAUAGCAGGGAAUUCUAAUAAAUGCAAUUUCUACAGAUAAAUGCAUAAUCUAAUUUACUUUAGAACAAAAUUUACCCUAUGUGCAUCUAGCAAUUGCUCUAAAAUUAAAGAAAGCCUUGAAGGAAAUAGCUAUAGUUUCAAUACUGCACAAAGCCAAAAUCAAGCAUUUCUGAGAGCUGAUAAAUGCCCAUAUGUGCUGUACUUACCGUAGUCAGCAUUGCAAGCUGCAGUUUGAGGAUGAGCCACUUGACAGAGGCUGGGAGAGCUGCUUGGUAAACUGGCAGUAAUUGCAAAGAAAAGGAUGGUUCUCUUAGGAAUCUCGAGCCGCCACGCCAUAACGAACGAUAAAGCUAUUUGAAGUCAAACAAUCAAUGUACAGCGUUGCAAAAGCAAUGUUUACGCCUAGAGUACGACGCUCCUAUUAUGAAGAUCAAAUUAGUUCUAAAUGUGCUUUCAAGUUUCUUACAAUGGCACUAUGCUUUAUCAAAGGGGGUAUUCAGUCAGUAAAGUAAAAUGCUUUGUGCAAUUGCAGUGAAAAAACGCAAUAAAUUUAGAAUUGCAAAAGGUGAUAUUCCUGUCCCUUUAGAGAUAUUGGCUUUUUCAUCAAUUUAAAUCUUUGUUUUAGGUAAUUUAAAGUGCGUUAAAGACAAUUGGCAAAUACAUGAGUGGCUUGAGCCCUUUACCAAUCAACUACUGACCAAUCAUUAGAAGUACGAGAUCUGUCAGCAAUUUUAGUAACCUGUCGACUGCCUUUUAGUCUCUAACGAUGUGCUUUUGUAAUGAUAUUUUAGGAUGAAUACAACGAUAGAUCAAAUAUCUGUCCCGCCCAAUAGAAAGGACAAUAGUAACAAUAUAACUGAUAGUCAGAACGAUAAAUCUCACGCUUUUAGGAACACAAGCUUGCUAUAAUCAGAGUGAUUAGCGCGAUUAGCGAAUGCUUGUGACAAGUUUCGCCCUGACAAAUUUUUGCUGUCCAGCCCCUUAGCAGAGUCCAGAAAAGUUGCUAACCUUCCUCCAGACAAAAACAUCCCAGAAGGCAAACCUUCCUCACAAAACAAUAGAAAGUCGGUGUGGCUUGGGUGUGUCAUAGGAGCUUCUAUUGUUUUUCGUGGACCUUCCUCCGGUCAGUGGCCGUGCGACCGUAAUGUUUUCCUGACUCUGCCCCUUAGAAGUUUUUAAACCUUACACAUUUCUAUUACUAGAAUAUAGUCUAUAGAAUAUUGAGCUCAAAAAUUGCUGAAAUUUCGGAAUAAUUCAAGACAAUGCAAGGCUCAAGCUUCGUCAAGAAUUAAAGUGCAUGUGUCGUGAACAUGAUUAUCUAAUGCAAUACAAUUAUCUUUUUUGUUUUCUACAAAGCAUGGAAUCGAGGGUGAAUUUCUAACGAAACAAUGGAAUUCCAUUCUAAACGUUUUUGUUUUAUUAGCCAACUGUUAAUGCUCACCGUAUUUAUUCGGCUCAAGAUUACCUUUGCCACGUUUUACUGCGGUUUAUAUUCAAGGGCGGCCUAUAAACGAGGGCGGCUUCUAAAUGAGGGUGGCCUAUAUUAUUUUAUCCAGAUCCUGCCAGAUUACCUUAUUCUAUUUUUUCUCUGAUCUUCAGGUGAAUUUACACCGUGUUUCGCUUAAGAAUAAUUUAAGAAUAAUCUUUGGCUCACAAUGAAAAAAAAGUUAAGAAUAUUGACGCUCGGCAGAAAGUUAGGUAUUCUAUAAAAAAGUGUGUAUAUCGUCAUAAAAUCGAAGCAAAACACUAUGAGCAUUCCACUUUACCCAGUCA